AUGGAGGAAACUCUCGCCUCGACUCUGGCCAAUCUGAAUCUGAAUGCGCAGAACCUUGACGCGGCGGCCUUUGACGCCCGGAUCGCCGACGAAGAGAAUGGCUCGUAUCAGAGCCAAGGACCUCGACAGAGGAAGCGCCAAACCGCAGCCGAUUUAAAGAACGAGCUCGAGACCGAGUUUCUGUCGCCGUCAUCGAAUUUCAGCCCUGAUUGGUUGAAUCGACUCCAAAGGUGGGAUGUCUCGGCGGACUACACGGACCUCUUCGAGGUAGCACCUACUCAAACGCGAACCGUGGUCCGAUUCGACCGUGAAGGUCUGGAGGGACGUGUUACCGGCUACCAUGAGGUUACUGUCCCCGCCACCAGCGCGACUGCUAAGAACUCCACGUCUCUGCUCCGUCGUCCAGCCGGGCGCGCGGACUUCGUUCGAGGUGCGGCGGGGUUCUUCCCCUUUGCGCCCGGCGGAUUGGAAGGAGUUGAAGCGAUAGCUGAGAUGGAGUCUGAGACGCAGGAGGCGGAUCAGCCGAGGUUUGGCGGGAAGAAUGCAGGGCUCGAUCGGAUUAUAAACUUCGGAGCUGAUGGUGGUCUUUUGGAAGAAGCGCCUGGGUUUUCGCGUGGAAUUAAAUUCGACGAAGCGAAGACUAAGGAAGCUGCGGAGGGUGAUGAGGAAGUCGAGCACGUGCUUCAGCAAGAAGAGAGCGAUUUCCCCGUGGAGCAGGAUGAAGCUGCGUCGGAUGUUGAAGGAGGGGUGAAGAUUGAAGAUGAAGGGGAUGAUAGCGGAGAGGAGGAAGAUAUUGACUCGCUAUUGCCAGUUGAAUUUCCCUCGUUUGAGCCGCGUGCUCCGUUGUUUGGAGGCGCCCAAAGAAAGGGAGGCAGGGAGUGGGCGCAUGUUGUCGAUGUCAACAAAGACAUUCCCAAUUUCGGCGACCUCGUCCCUGAUAUGGCGCGUGAGUGGCCGUUCGAGUUGGAUACCUUCCAGAAAGAAGCCGUGUAUCAUCUUGAGGGCGGCGAUUCUGUUUUCGUCGCAGCCCAUACCUCAGCUGGAAAGACAGUCGUCGCCGAAUAUGCCAUUGCUCUGGCCGCUAAGCACAUGACGAAGGCGAUAUACACCUCUCCAAUCAAAGCGCUGAGCAAUCAGAAAUUCCGGGACUUCAGGAACGAAUUUGACGACGUCGGAAUCCUCACGGGAGAUGUUCAAAUAAACCCGGAAGCGAGCUGCUUGAUCAUGACCACUGAGAUCUUGCGCAGUAUGCUUUACCGCGGAGCGGACUUGAUCAGAGAUGUCGAGUUCGUGAUCUUUGACGAAGUGCACUAUGUGAACGACCUUGAACGAGGUGUUGUGUGGGAAGAAGUUAUCAUUAUGCUUCCAGAGCAUGUCACUUUGAUCCUCCUCUCUGCCACUGUCCCCAAUACGCAGGAAUUCGCCUCGUGGGUCGGCCGUACCAAGAAGAAGGACAUCUAUGUCAUUUCAACCGCCAAACGGCCAGUUCCGCUAGAGCACUAUCUCUGGGCUGGUAAAAGCAAGCACAAGAUUGUAGACUCGAACAAAAGGUUCCUGGAAGGCGGCUGGAAAGAAGCGGACGACUCUAUCUCGGGCAGAGACAAAGUCAAAGCCCAAAAAGCCGCCGAAGCGCAAGCUCAGUCCCAGGCCGCCAGAGGAGGCAACCAAGGAAGAGGACGUGGUCAAGCUCCCGGCAGAGGAGGCGCGCGAGGCAAUGCACAGCGCGGGGGUGGUCAACGCGGCAGAGGAGCGCCAUCCAACCGUGGGUCGGGGAAUAUCGCCCGUACAGGGCGAGGCGGAGGGCGGACGACCGCCGCCCAAGACAAGACCAUUUGGGUCCAACUUGUGCAACAUCUUCGCAAAGAAAACCUGCUCCCGGGGUGUAUUUUCGUGUUCUCUAAAAAAAGAUGCGAGGAGAAUGCCGAUUCGCUAUCGAACCAGGACUUUUGUACUGCCUCCGAGAAGAGUUUGAUCCACAUGUUUAUCGAGAAAUCGUUGACCCGGCUGAAGCCCGAGGAUAGGGUGCUCCCGCAAAUUCGCCGGCUGCGCGAUUUGCUGAGCAGGGGUAUCGCUGUUCAUCACGGAGGCCUUCUACCAAUCAUGAAGGAGGUUGUCGAAAUCCUGUUCGCGAAGUCGUUGGUUAAGGUAUUGUUCGCCACGGAGACGUUUGCCAUGGGGCUGAAUCUUCCCACUCGCACGGUGGUCUUCUCUGGGUUCCGGAAACACGAUGGAAAGUCGUUCAGGGAUCUGCUGCCGGGUGAGUAUACGCAGAUGGCCGGGCGCGCCGGGCGGAGAGGUCUCGAUACCGUUGGUUAUGUGAUUAUCGUGAACCCCGGUAAAGACGAGGCGCCACCGGCGGGUGCUUUGAGGAAGAUGAUCCUGGGCGAUCCCACCAAGCUUCGGUCUCAAUUCCGGCUUACGUACAAUAUGAUUCUGAACCUGUUGCGUGUGGAAGCCCUGAAGAUUGAAGAGAUGAUCAAGCGGAGCUUCAGCGAGAAUGCCACCCAGGCUUUGCUCCCUGAGCAUGAGAAACAGGUUCAACUGUCAGAGGCUAGCUUGGCGAAGAUCAAGCGCGAGCCCUGCGACAUCUGCGACAUUGAUCUUUUGGCGUGUCACGAGGCUGUUAUUGAGUAUGAGCGGCUUACAUGUGAACUACAUGUUGGGCUCCUCUCUUCUCCAGUGGGGAAACGCUUGUUCAUGCCAAAGCGAUUGAUUGUCUACCGGAAGGAUGGAUCACGAACGGCUGGUGUCAUCAUACGAGAGAUCGGGGGCGGUGCUACGCCUAAUAUACAGGUCCUCGAGAUCGGCAAGCUGAGCAGCAAGCGACACCCGAGCGACAUUCUUCCCUUCCUCCCGAAAUUCCGCCCCAUGCUUCAGCCUCUCCCGACAAGUGCCAGCGAUAUGACGUUGAAGGUCUUCAAGAUCCCGCUCACGGACCUGGAGUGUGUCACCAACACCGUUGUCAAACUGGGGGGUCCCGCGUGGUACCUGAAUAUCAAAAAAGAAGCGGUUAAGUUUGCGGAUAAAGAGUUGUCCAAGCUGUGCGCGUCGUGGGCAACCCCUGUCUGGGACGAGAUUGACUGGGCUCGGAUUAAGGAGCUGCAGGUGAGGGAUGUUUUGGAAAAGCGACAGGCGCAGGCAACUCUGGCUGAGUCUUGUCGAUGCUUGCAAUGUCCGGAUUUCGUGAAACAUUUUGAGAUGCAACAUGACGAGUGGCAUGUCAAGGAGAACAUUUCGCAGCUGAAGCAACUCAUGUCCGAUCAGAAUCUCCAGCUCUUGCCGGAUUAUGAACAGCGGAUUCAGGUGUUGAAGGAUUUGGGCUUCGUUGAUGACAGUUCUCGCGUGCAGCUGAAGGGCAAAGUGGCGUGUGAGAUCCACUCGGCAGACGAGCUCGUGCUAACAGAAUUAAUCCUCGAGAACGUCCUGGCCGAGUACGAGCCCGAGGAGAUAGUCGCCCUCUUAUCAGCGUUCGUCUUCCAGGAAAAGACCGAGAACGAACCCACCCUCACCCCCCGUCUCGAGAAGGGCAAGAAAGCCAUCGUGCGGAUCUCAGAGAAGGUCAACGACUUCCAGAUCCAACACCAGGUGAUCCAGUCCAGCGAAGACAGCAACGACUUUGCCAGCCGGCCGCGGUUCGGCCUGGCGGAGGUAGUCUACGAAUGGGCCAAGGGCAUGUCCUUCAACCGCAUCACGGACCUGACGGACGUGAUGGAGGGGACGAUCUCUACCCUCGACGCAAAUGCGGAUAAUCGCCGUCAGGCCGAAUUGGACUUGAAAUAUGCCGAGUCCCAACCCGGUUUUAUAAAUGCGCUGUUGGAUAUUUUGCAGGGAGAGCAAAAUAAUGCCGUUCAACUGUCGGCUGGUGUUUACCUGAAGAACCGCAUCAACCGCGGUUGGUCCACGGUGGAGGACAACCCGCUGCGCACACCCAUCUCCGACGCCGAGAAGCCCGGAUUCCGAGAGAGGUUGAUUCCGGCAUUGGCCUCGACGCCUCCGAACGUUCGCGCCCAGCUCGUCCCGCUUCUGCAGAAGAUCCUCCAGCAUGAUUUCCCCGAGCAGUGGCCCGGGUUCCUGGACAUCACGCUCCAGCUGCUCAGUGCCAGUGAUGCCAAUUCGGUCUAUGCGGGUCUGCAAUGUCUGCUGGCCAUCUGCCGCGUUUACCGAUUCAAGGCUGGGGAAAAGAGGGAGGAAUUCGACAAGAUCGUCGAGCAUACGUUCCCGCAGCUGCUGAACAUCGGCAUGAAGUUGGUCGAUGAGGAAAGCCUGGAGGCCGCGGAGAUGCUCCGGAUUGUGGUCAAAUCUUUUAAACAUGCUAUUUGUUUCGAGCUUGCGCCUCAUCUGCAGUCGCAGCAGGCCACCGUCGAUUGGUGCACGUUGUUCUUGAGGAUCAUCGCCAAGGAGCCCCCGGCCUGCUCCAUGUUGGAGUCCAAGGAGGAGCGGGAACUCAACCACUGGUGGAAGUGUAAGAAGUGGUCCUACGCCAACUUGAACCGUCUCUUUAUCAGAUACGGCAAUCCGACGACGAUGACCAAAUCGAGCACCCCCGAUUACACUCAAUACGGCAAGGCGUUCAUCAGCACCUUCGCCCCCGAAAUCCUCAAGGGGUACCUGCAGGAGAUCGAGAAAUGGGUCUCCAAGGGCCAGUGGUUGAGCAGCUCCGCGCUCGCCUACACCUUGGUGUUUCUGGAGGAGUGUGUCAAGCCCAAGGCCAUGUGGGAUCACCUGAAAGAGCACAUGGAGAACCUGGUCGCUCACUUCAUCUUCCCCAUCCUCUGCCAAUCCGAUGAGGACAUCGAGCUGUUCGAGACCGACCCCUCCGAAUACCUCCACCGCAAGUUGAACUACUACGAGGAAGUCUCGUCUCCCGACGUCGCCGCGACCAACUUCCUGGUGGCGCUCACCAAGAACCGAAAGAAGCAGACCUUCUCGAUCCUGACCUUUGUCAACGGCGUCGUCAGCAAGUACGAGGCUGCACCGGAGGACCAGAAAUUGCCGCGGGAGAAGGAGGGUGCGUUGCGAAUGAUCGGCUCCCUGUCUUCGGUGAUCUUGGGCAAGAAGAGUCCGAUCGCGGACCAGGUCGAGUACUUCUUCGUGCGUCACGUUUUCCCUGAGUUCCGCAGCCCCCACGGAUUCCUCAGGGCCCGUGCCUGCGACACCCUGGAGAAGUUCGAGCAGCUGGAUUUCAACGACCCGAACAACCUCAUGAUCAUCUACCGGAACAUCCUCGAGUCGAUGACGGACCCCGAGUUGCCCGUCCGGGUCGAGGCGGCCCUGGCCUUGCAGCCCCUCAUCCGACACGACAUCAUCCGGACCUCGAUGCAGCAGAACAUCCCCCAGAUCAUGCAGCAGCUUCUGAAGCUGGCCAACGAGGUCGAUGUGGAUGCGCUGGCCAAUGUGAUGGAGGACUUUGUCGAGGUCUUCUCCGCCGAACUCACGCCAUUUGCCGUGGCCUUGAGCGAGCAGCUGCGCGACACCUACAUGCGUAUCGUCGGCGAGCUUCUCGAGCGCAACGCCGCCAAGGGCGACGAGGAUGCCUAUGGCGACUUCUUGGAUGACAAGAGCAUCACCGCGCUGGGUGUCCUGCAGACGAUCGGGACUCUCAUCCUGACCCUCGAAAGCACGCCCGACGUGUUGCUGCACCUCGAAACGAUCCUCAUGCCCGUGAUCAGCAUUACGCUCGAGAACAAGCUGUACGAUCUGUACAACGAGGUGUUCGAGAUCAUCGACAGCUGCACGUUUGCGUCCAAGCACAUCUCGCCGACCAUGUGGCAGGCGUUCGAGCUCAUCCACAAGACCUUCAAGGCUGGCGCCGAGCUGUACCUGGAGGACAUGCUGCCCGCCCUGGACAACUACGUGGCGUACGGCUCCGACAUGAUGGUCCAGAACCCGGCCUACAUGGCCGCCAUUGUCAGCAUGGUCGAGGACAUCUUCCGCGACGAGAAGGUCGGCGGCGUGGACCGGAUCUGCGGUUGCAAGCUGGCCGAGACCGUGAUGCUGAACCUCCGCGGCUACAUCGACCAGUACAUCCCUCUUUUCAUCGAGAUGCCCAUGCGCGUCAUCGACACCGGGGAUGCCAGCACCAAGUCCUACCGGAUCCACCUGAUCGAGAUGGUCAUCAACGCCAUCUACUACAACCCCGUCCUCAGUCUGCAGGUCCUGGAAGCCAAGGACAUGACCAACAAGUUCUUCAGCACCUGGUUCUCCAACAUUGACAACUUCCGACGGGUGCACGACAAGAAGCUGUCGAUCGCGGCGAUCAGCUCGCUCUUGACGCUGAAGGGUAACGAUGUCCCGCCGAGUGUGCAGCAAGGCUGGCCUAGGUUGCUCCAGGGCGUGACGAGGCUCUUCCAGACGCUCCCUGCCGCUCUCAAGAGUCGCGAGGAUGCCACGAAAGAAUCCGAUUUCACGUUUGACGACGAGGAGGGCGAGGAAGAUGAGGAAGACUGGGAUGGCGAGAUCGAAUGGACUGACCAGGAUGAAACCGAGGGUGGUCUUGACGGGGAUGUUCCCGACGAAGGCGCCGCCUAUCUGGAUUUCUUGAACAAAGAGGCACAGAAAUUCGGGUCAUUCGCCGACGACGAUGACGAGGAGAUGGACGAGGAGAGCCUCCUCGAGACACCUCUGGACAAGAUCGAGCCGUACAGCCUCUUCAAGCACGUCUUCAUGAACCUCCAGCAGGAGCAACCCCAGCUGUACGAGAACCUGACCAAGGUCCUCGACCAGAACGAGCAGCAGAUCCUGCAGGGUGUCUUCCACGAGGCAGACGCUAAGCUGGCUGCUGCGAACGAAGCUGCCGCUAUGGCGACGAACGGAAACCAAUAG